AUGAUCACUUGCAAAGCUUCAAGCUUCAAUUUUGAAACCAGCCCAUCUCAUCAAAUUCCUCUAAAAAGAUACCUGCCAAGUUUGCCGGCGAAGUACACAUCUCGUAAAAGCACAGUAGUGUCAUGUUCUUCUUUUGCUGAGGGGCAGCAAUGGAACGCCAGAAUCGCUCACUCUACAGCAAAGGCAAGUCAAAGAGCCAACAAGUUCCAAAAAGAAGAAGAGGAAGGAGAAGGGGAGAGAAAGGUUUAUUGUGAAGUGGAAGUUAUUUCUUGGCGGGAAAGAAGAAUUAAGGCACAAACAUUAGUCAAUGCUGACAUUCAAUCAGUCUGGAAUGCUCUUACUGAUUAUGAGCGACUUGCUGAUUUCAUCCCCAAUCUUGUUUGCAGGAAUGGAGUUAACCUGAGUAUCCCUGCUUUUGUUCCUGUAUUGUUGUUCAACAUUGGUGUUUUGUGUUUUGGGUUGUUAAGUGGGAGAAUUCCUUGUCCACAUCCUGGGAGGAUAUGGCUAGAGCAGAGAGGAUUGCAAAGGGCACUCUAUUGGCAUAUAGAAGCUCGUGUUGUCUUGGAUCUCCAAGAAUUUCCCCAUUCAGCCAAUAAUCGUGAACUACAGUUUUCGAUGGUUGAUGGGGAUUUUAAGAAGUUUGAAGGCAAAUGGUCAGUGAAAUCUGGGACAAGUCAUGGAACCACAACAUUGUCAUAUGAAGUUAAUGUGAUGCCAAGAUACAACUUUCCAGCUAUUUUCCUGGAGAGGAUUAUUGGAUCAGAUCUUCCUGUAAAUCUUCGAGCCUUGGCUUGUUGGGCAGAGAGAGAUUUUGAGGGGAACCAGAAGGCAGGAAUUACAGAAAGUGAGACAUCUUUGACUGUACCUACUUCUCCAGGCAUAGUUUUAGAUGGUACUUUUCGUGAGAAGGAUAAAUUGACAACUGGAGAUUUAAAAGAGAGCUAUCCCAGCUCAACCUUUGGUCCCAUGCCUCCACCUUCAAAUGAUUUAAAUAAUAAUUGGGGAGUGCUUGGAAAAGCUUGCAGAUUAGAUAGGCGAUGCAUGGUGGAUGAAGUUCAUCUGCGCAGAUUUGAUGGCCUAUUGGAAAAUGGAGGGGUUCAUCGCUGUGUUGUCGCUAGCAUAACUGUAAAAGCUCCUGUUCGUGAAGUUUGGAAUGUUUUGACUGCUUAUGAGAGUCUUCCCGAGUUUGUUCCCAACUUAGCCAUCAGUAAGAUUUUAUCUCGAGAAAACAAUAAAGUUCGCAUUCUUCAGGAAGGAUGCAAGGGUCUAUUAUAUAUGGUACUUCAUGCACGUGUUGUUCUAGAUUUAUGUGAACAACUUGAACAGGAAAUCAGUUUUGAGCAGGUAGAAGGGGACUUUGAUUCAUUUCAAGGAAAGUGGAUUCUAGAGCAAUUAGGAAGUCACCACACUCUACUGAAAUAUAAUGUCGAGUCCAGAAUGCACAAAGAUACAUUCCUUUCAGAAGCUAUUAUGGAAGAGGUUAUAUAUGAAGAUCUCCCAUCAAAUUUAUGUGCAAUUCGAGACCAUAUCGAGAAAAGGGAAGCCAGUAAUGCUUUGGAAACAGAUGAACCUGAACAAUAUUCAAAGGAACUAGAUUCAUCCAAAGAUGACAGUGAUUAUGAGCACAGUAUGGUCAUUCAGCAGGUUCCUGAUGACAACAACCCCAAUUCACUUAAACAAAGACCUAGGGUCCCAGGAUUGCAAAGAGAUAUUGAAGUUCUUAAAUCCGAGCUUCUGAAAUUCAUUUCAGAACAUGGGCAGGAAGGAUUUAUGCCCAUGAGAAAGCAGCUCCGUUUGCAUGGUAGAGUGGAUAUUGAGAAGGCCAUAACACGGAUGGGUGGAUUUAGAAGGAUUGCAACGUUGAUGAAUCUCUCCCUUGCUUACAAGCACCGUAAACCAAAGGGAUACUGGGACAACUUUGAGAAUUUGCAGGAAGAGAUUAAUCGAUUCCAGCGGAGUUGGGGAAUGGACCCUUCAUUUAUGCCAAGUAGAAAAUCUUUUGAGCGUGCAGGGCGAUAUGACAUUGCACGAGCAUUGGAGAAAUGGGGAGGACUUCAUGAAGUUUCUCGUCUUUUGGCGCUCAAGGUGAGACACCCCAAUAGACAGACAAAUUUUAGUAAGGAUAAGAAAAUUGAUGAUGUGGCAUCAUCUAGAACUAAUGUUGAGGGUGAAGACAAGAUUCCAACAAACGCUUAUGCAUCUCAGGAUGCACAAAAAUGGCUCAUGAAAUUUAAAGAUUUGGACAUUAAUUGGGUCGAUUGA